AUGCUUAUCACUCGCACUGCAGUUAUCGCCGCAUCGAUCACCGCAACCACAUCAUUUGCCGGCGUGCCGAUCGAUCACGAAUCGUCAUUCCUUGCAUUCGGUGCCGAGAUGCCAUUCGGUGACGGCAACAUGAACACCAACUACUCCAUCCAUCGCGGAAUGGACGCGUUCGGUGCACUCGAGAUCGGUCUGAAAGCAAAGGAACGCUUCGUUGGUGACCUCACCACCGACGGCAACGGCCGCUUCUUCGCAAACGCCGGUUCGCCUGACAACGACGGGCUCAGCUCGUGGAACAUCGAUUUCGGAUUCGCACUCUCGCGCGAUGCGACCCCUGCGAACUACCACAUGACCCUCAUGGUUGAUUUCGACGCCGGAUUCGGUUCACAGAGCUGGGUCACACUCGACAUCACCAACGCACUCGCUGCGGCGAUGGUCACCACCCCUGCAGGAGGUGAUAGCCAAAACCCAGGAUUUAGCUUCUGGGGAGUCAGUGUCCCGUUCAUCCUCGACGCAAGCGGAUACAUCCCGUUCGAUCCAGAUGCGACCGGCGAGUACGAUGUCAAGAUGGUGCUGACCGAGGUUACCGGCGCUCCAUUGCUCGAAACCGCGAUCGUGGUCGAAGUCGUCCCAUCCCCAAGCUCCGCGGCACUGCUCGGACUCGGAGGACUGCUCGCAAAUCACGCCACUUUCUCACCACUUCUCGGUACCAUCAUCUCCAAGGAGUCUCGUUCUAUGAAAUCUGUCACGUACCUGUGUUCCACCGCCGUCCUCAUCGCGGCUGCAUCCGUCCACACCGCAACACUCGCGUCCGAUCCCCUCGCGCCGCGCCCCAACGGCAUGGCGGUCGAUCGACCAAGCAAACACCUCAUCACCGGCGCGACCAUCCACCUCUCGCCGACCCAGACCUACGACGCCGACUCCAAUCCCGGCAUCCUCAUCGAAGAUGGCGUCAUCAUCGGAGUUGUCGAGUCCACCGACACCAUCCGACUCAAACCCGGAUUCCAAGUCCACGAGCUCCCAGACACCUACCACAUCUACGCCGGAUUCAUCGACCCGUUCGUCGAGGUCGACACCCAAGCGAUCGAUCCAAACUCCAGCGGCAAGCACUGGAACCGAUUCGUCACCCCCCAGCGUGACGCGCUCAUCGGACCAGGACUCACAAACAAACAAGCCGAGUCGCUCCGCAAGCACGGAUUCACCACCGCGAUGAUCGCGCCGGACUCAGGAGUCUUCCGCGGAUGGACCGCGACGGUCUCGACUGCUGAUCAUUUCAACGACCCAUCGCUCGGACUCCCGCCCGUCUAUCAAUCACACGCGGGACAGAUGAUGGGGUACGACCGCACCAACUGGUCCGACGCGGACUACCCGACGAGCCACAUGGGUGUGAUCUCGCUGAUGCGUCAGACCUUCCUCGACGCUGAGCACUACCACAAGUCCAAAGCAACCAACCCAUCGUGCCUCUCGCAGGUCACUCCGGACGACACAACCUUCUUCUAUGACACCAGCACCGAGCUCGAAGCCGUGCUCGCUGACAAGAUCGCGGCUGAGUUCGAUCACGACAGCAUCGUCAUCAUCGGAUCGGGAAGCGAACACCGAAGGCUCGAUGCGCUCGUCGAGAUGAACCACUCAAUCGUCGUCCCGAUGACCUUCCCAGAAGAACCAGAGGUCUGGACGAUUAACGACGCGGACAAUGUCGCGCUCACCACACUCCAGCACUGGGAACGCGCCCCAGCCAACGCUCGCUGGCUCCACAACGCGGGACUCAAGGUCGCGCUCACCUCCAGCAAGCUCCGCGACGGAGAGAAGUUCUACGACAACCUCCACGAAGCGAUCAAAAAAGGUCUCCCGGCUUCUGACGCGCUCGCGAUGCUGACCACCAACGCCGCGGACAUCCUCGAUCUCGACAACCAAGGCGAGAUCAAGAACGGCUACCUCGCCAAUCUCGUCGUCGCAUCCGACGACCUCUUCGAUCCCGAUUCCAAAGCACAGAUCAUCGACACAUGGAUCGAUGGACGCAAGCACCACAUCAACGACGACAAACCCACCCACUUCGAUGGAUACUGGGAGAUCUCUGUCGUCGGCGCUCCGUUCACCAUGUGGAUCGACAUCGAGGGCGACUCAAUCACCGCAUUCGAAGGCGAGGGCGAUGACCUCGCGACCAACAAAGCACGCAAGGUCGAAAUCGAAGAGAACGCGAUCUCCUUCAUCAUCGACGACGAUGACGAUGGAUCGGGUUCCUACAUCAUGUCGGGAACACUCCUCAAAGACGGCUCUAUGCGAGGAACCGGACUCGGUGCCGACCAGAACCCAUUCAACUGGACCGCGAAGAUCACCGACGCGCCCGUCACCAUGAACACCUUCCAAGGCACAUGGGACGCGACACUCGCUGAACGCUUCGAUCUGACCUUCAAAGUCGGCAAAGACUCCGUCACCAUCAUCGAGCAUGUCCAAGACGCCGACAACAUCACACAAGAAUCCACCACCGCCGAGAUCCAAGGCUCAACACUCGCGUUCACCUUCGAACACGAACCAUUCGGGAUGCCGGGAACAUUCUCCAUCGCCCUCUCCCCACCAGGCGACGACGACACCCUCAUCGGCAUCGGAACACGCCCCGACAACGCGCCCUUCCAGCUCACCGCGACCAAAGUCGAAGACGACAAGAAGGACGAUAAGUCAACCGAAACACUCCCCGACGCGCCACCUUCGCCGUUCGGUCCCUACGCACUGAGCGAGAUCCCGCCGCAGGACUCCGUCCUCAUCACCAACGCGACCAUCUGGACCCAGUCCGAUCAAGGCAUCCUCGAAGACGCGUGGAUCAUCAUCCGCAACGGGAAGAUCCAUUCGCUCGGAACCGGAGGCUACCCACGCAUCGCCGUCGAUCACACCAUCGACGCGCAAGGCAAGCACGUCACCCCCGGACUCAUCGACGCGCACUCACACACCGGACUCUUCCGCUUCGGAGUCAACGAGUCCGGGCAAGCCGUGACCUCCGAGUGCCGCAUCGAAGAUUCGCUUGAUCCCGGAUACAUCGGAUUCUACCGCGAGCUCGCCGGAGGACUCACCACCUCCCAGCUCCUCCACGGCUCCGCAAACCCCAUCGGUGGACAAUCCAAAACCAUCAAACUCCGCUGGGGAAUGGACCGCCCCGAAGACAUGUACUUCGAAGACGCGAAGCCAGGCAUCAAGUUCGCGCUGGGAGAAAACGUCAAACAAUCCAACUGGGGAGACGACAAAACCACGCGCUACCCACAAACACGCAUGGGUGUCGAGACCACCAUGCGCGACCGCUUCACCAAAGCGCGUGAAUACGCCGAGCGUGGAAUGAAAACACCUUCCGGCGACACCGACCUCGAACUCGAAGCACUCGCCGAGAUCCUCGCCGGAGAGCGCCUCGUCCACUGCCACUCAUACCGUCAAGACGAGAUCCUCAUGCUCUGCCGCAUCGCCGAAGAGUUCGGAUUCAAGAUCGGCACCUUCCAGCACGGGCUCGAAACCUACAAGGUCGCCGAGAUCGUCAAGGAACACUCCAUCGGCGCGUCCAUUUUCUCCGACUGGUGGGCCUACAAGGUCGAAGUCACCGACGCGAUCCCCUACGCCGGCCCGAUCAACCACGAGGUCGGACUGCUGACCUCAUUCAACUCCGACUCCGACGACGUCGCUCGCCGCAUGAAUGUCGAAGCCGCCAAAGCACUCAAGUACGCACGAGCGUCAGGCAUCGCGAUGACCGAACAAGAAGCCCUCGCGUUCGUCACGACCAACCCCGCGAUCCAGCUCGACAUCAUCGACCGCGUCGGAACCCUCGAAGCCGGGAAGGAUGCCGACAUCGUCAUCUGGUCCGGUUCACCGCUCUCCUCGCUCUCGCGUUGCGAAGCGACAUACAUCGACGGCCGCAAGUACUUCUCACUCGAAGACGAUGCAGCACACCGCGAGGCGAUCAACAACGAACGCACCCGACUCACCCAGCACAUCCUCACAAAGGAUCACGCCGGCAGUAAAAAGAAAGACACCAAGAAACACAACCAUGACGAACUGAUCGACGAUCCAGACCACUACGACUUCCACAACCACGACACGCGAGGCGACUGCGGCUGCAACCAGCUCAUGCCCGCGUACCACACCGACCGCCCGAUCUUCCUCGUCGGCGCUACCGCACACACCAUCAGCGGCGGCACCAUCGAGAACGCGCUCGUCACGAUGAAUGAAGGGAAGAUCGGCAUGGUCGGGAAAGCCGACGAACUCAUGCCCAUCCUCUCCGUCUCACCUGACACACAGAUCAUCGAUCUCUCAGGGAUGCACAUCUACCCAGGACUCAUCGAUUCCGUCACCCGCUUGGGACUCAUCGAAACCUCCGCCGUCCGCGCAACGCUCGAUCACAACGAAGUCGGAUCCAUGACCCCAGAGGUCCGCGCGUAUGUCGCAGUGAAUCCAGACUCCGUCGUCAUCCCAACCGCACGAACCAACGGCGUCCUCACCGUCGGCGUCUUCCCCUCCGGCGGCGCUAUCCCAGGACGCGCCUCCAUCAUCACCACCGACGGAUGGACCACCGAAGACCUCGCGCUCGAUCGCGACGCCGGACUCAUCAUCUCGCUCCGCGAGAACAACCUCGACGAACUCAACGAGAUCUUCGACCAAGCCGUCGCCUACAACCAAGCACACGACGUCGUCGAUCAACGACUCGAAGCCAUCACCACUGUUCUUGAACGCGAGGACCAGAACCCAGUCUUCAUGAACGCCAACACCUUCGAUCAGAUCACCAGCUCAAUCAACUGGGCCAUCGAUCGCAACCUCAAACCAAUCAUCGUCGGCGGACGCGACGCGCACCUCUGCACCGAUCUCCUCGUCUCCACUAACACCCCAGUCAUCAUCGGAGGCACCUACACCUUCCCCAAACGCGCCGACGCGCCCUACGACGCGCAGUACACACUCCCUCAAAAGCUCGAUGAAGCAGGAGUCCAGUGGACCAUCACCAUGGCCUCACGCUUCGCGCACGAACGCAACCUCCCAGACGCUACCGCGAUCGCCGUCGCCCACGGCCUCGACCACGACAAAGCACUCCGCGCCAUCACCCUCAGCGCCGCUGAGAUUCUCGGCGUCGACGAGCACAUCGGAUCCAUCGAGAAAGGCAAGCACGCCACGCUCAUCGUCACCGACGGCGACAUCCUCGAAACCACCAGCGUCGUCCACCACGCCUUCAUCGAAGGUAAAGCGAUCGACCUGACCAACAAGCAAACCGAACUCCGCGACAUCUAUCGCGAGAAGUACCGCCAGCUCGGACUCAUCGAGGAAGACUGA